UGGUUGUCAUUCUGUACUUGAGAGGUCCUGACUUGCAGAUUUCUUAUCUUUUCGAAACGUUUGCAGGGUUUUUUUUUAUACCAUGACUGAUCUGUUCGAGUACAUGCCGACUCACAGCGAGAAUAACAAAAACUUGUACCUAUGUUUUAUCUUGAUUAUUAAAUUCUUGUACAUUUUGAUAUUUCUUGAAGUCGAAAACGAUUUAUAGAUGACCACAGCUCAGAUCCAGUAGCCAUUUUCCGAAAGUUUACAGUUUCAAAAUUGGAGGUACCAGUUAAGCAUCGUGGCCAAAUACGUUAGCAACACACUAACCAAAUAACCAGACUAGUAAAAAUCAGAUUUUUCAUUUUAUUUAAAAAUAACAAUAAAAAUCGUAAAUCAUUACUAUUGUUUGUAACUAUAAACCGACAAGCAAAUUAAUAUAAGAUUCAUGGAUAAAUGUAAAGAAUUCUAUGUCCAUUUGUGGGCAAUCGAAUAGAAAAAGAAGCGGAUAUGGGUUAUGUUCUCAACAUACUUUCGUUUGUUCUAUGGUGAAAAUUUGCCGCGAAAUAUUUAUAGAUCGGAUCAUCUAUAUUUUCAUAAUGAAAAAACGAACACAAAAUAACACUUUGUUUAAUUAUUUCCCUUCACCCACCGGAAGAAAAUCUGUGAAUGCGGAGACGCCGAAUGGCGAUAAGUUCGGGAACGGAAUAACUAGGAAAUCCAUUCACAAGGAUGAUUCUAACGACGAAGAAAUUUCGGUGGCCAAAAAACGCAGUAGAAUACUAGCCUUAAGUAGCGAUUCUGACGAUGGCUCUUCUGAUAAUGAUGCUUAUAAUUCCAACAGCGACAGCCCCCAUCCGAAAAAAAUUAAAAUUCAGAAAAGCCCGGAAGCCUCUCAUAAUGUAUCUAAACAGUCGAUUGCAGAUCUAUACGAAUUUAAAAAAAUUGAGGAACCAAAAGAAACUGAUUUUCAGUAUAAGGAAACCAAAAAUGGUAACCCAAAGGUGAACUUUGAGGAGAAGAGUCAACAGAAAGUGACAUCAGAGACUAGUUGGUUGCAUGAAAGAUUGGAAUUUUUACGCCCUAAUAAAAUAAUGGAUGCCAAUCGAAGGAAGAUUAGCGACGCAGAUUAUGAUCAUCACACUCUUUAUGUGCCCACCGAUUUUCUGAAUUCUCUCACGCCUGCCAUGAGACAGUGGUGGUUGCUGAAAAGUGAACACUUUGAUGCAGUUUUAUUUUUUAAGGUUGGGAAAUUCUACGAACUGUACCAUAUGGAUGCUGUUGUGGGGGUUCAAGAGCUUGGAUUCAGCUAUAUGAAGGGAGACUUUGCCCAUUCUGGUUUCCCUGAAAGCGCUUACAACAAAAUGGCCACCAUGCUGGUAAAUAAGGGUUACAAGGUGGCCAGAGUGGAACAAACCGAAACACCAGAACUGAUGGCGGAACGGUGCAAAAACCAGAAGAAGGUAACCAAAUUUGACAAAGUCGUGGCUAGGGAGAUAUGCCAAGUAACCACCAGAGGGACCUGCGUGUACGGUCCCCAGAUGCCCGAGGCUCAGUUGGAUAAAGGCUUGUACAUGUAUGCAAUUUGUAUGAAGAUAAACCAAGACGGAACGUACAGGUUCGGCAUCUGUUUUGUUGACACUUCUAUUGGUACCUUUCAUCUGGCUCAAUUCGACGACGACAAGCACUGCUCAAAAGUUUUGGCCUUGUUCGCCGAAUACUUGCCCGGAUUGGUGCUUACCGAAAGGGGCGCCAAUUAUGGUACCUUCAAGCAGCGUCUCCAGUUGUAUUACGAAAACGUCAUGCAAGACGCACUUGCGCCGAAAUCGCAGUUUUAUACCGCGUCCGACACCCUCGAGAAGCUAUCUACGGGGUGCUACUUUAAAGACAGGGACGGGAACUUCCAGUGGCCGCAGCUUUUCCGCGACAUUGCCGACGACUGCCUGCCCAAGCCGGAAUACGAGAUGGCGAUAAAAUCGCUGGGCGCUUGCUUGUGGUACCUGCAGAAUUCCCAGCUAGACAUUCACGUAUUCUCCAUCGGCAAAUUCGAGUUGUAUGAGUCAAUUUUAACAGAUUGCCCGAAAGUGUUUGUGGAAAGGGACUAUAUGGUGCUCGAUUCGAUCACGAUCGAAAACCUGAGUCUGUUGGGCGCCAGGGGCAGUUUACAGGGUACCAUUGACUUUUGCUGCACCUCGUUCGGAAAAAGAUUGCUUCAGAAAUGGAUCUGCAAGCCGCUGUGCAAUGUGGAGAAGAUCCGGGCGAGACAGGAGGCCGUGAAGGAGUUGCGCGACGGGGUGCAAUCGUUGGACGCGGCGCGGCAAAUUUUGAAAAAAUUGCCGGACCUGGAACGGCAACUUGCCAAGAUUCAUCAUUACGGCAACAAAUUUUGCGCCACCGAUCACCCAGACGGUCGCGCCGUCUUUUACGAAGCGAAGACCUACUCGAAGAGGAAAAUCAUGGACCUGCUGAAGACGCUCAGGGGCUUUGAGGCGGCUCAACAGGUGGCCGAUGUUUUCAAAGGCUGCCGGUCGCGUUUAUUGAGGAAAAUCACCCAGUCCCACCCCGACGGCGUCAACUUGGACCUGACCGAAAUUCUGGACUAUUUCAAGGGCGCGUUCGACCACGAGGAGGCCGAGACCAACGGCAAAAUUAUCCCCAAAAGGGGCGUGGACGGCGACUACGAUCGGGUCAACGUCGCUAUAGACGACAUCAACGCGGAACUGGACGCCUACCUCGAGGAGCAGUCGUCGUUUUUCGGUUGCCGCGUCCAAUACUUCGGCACCGACAAGAAGAGGUACCAGCUGGAGGUGCCCGAACAUAGGGCCAAUCGCGCGAACGCCGACUACCAGUUGGAGGGCUCCAAAAAGGGCUCGAAACCGUGUCGACGAUUUUCGACGGAAACGACCAAGGAGCUCCUGCAUAGAAUGCUGCGCGCCGAACAGGAGCGCAACAAAAUAAUCCUCGACCUGAACCGGAGGAUAUUCGAAAAGUUCAGCGAGAAGUACGACAAAUGGCAGCAGGUCAUCCACUGUCUCACCACGUUGGACGUGUUGUGCUCGUUGGCGCAGUACGCGCGCGGUUACGCGCAGGAGAUUUGCAUCCCCGACGUCGAACCCUUCGCGGAACACCCGUACGUCACGAUCGAGGACGGACGUCAUCCGUGCGUCGCCGAGGUCGACGGCUUCGUGCCCAACAGCGUCACUUUGGGGCGCCGCGACGCUCGCGGCGCCCUCAUGAUACUCACCGGCCCGAAUAUGGGCGGCAAAUCGACUCUGAUGCGUCAGACCGCCACCAUAUGCAUCAUGGCGCAAAUCGGUGGGUUCGUGCCGGCGUCUCGCUGCUCGAUGAGCUUGAUAGACCGAGUGUUUACUCGAUUAGGCGCGUCGGACGACAUCGUCCACGGCCUGUCGACUUUCUUCGUGGAGCUGACGGAGGCGUCGACGAUUUUGAAGCACGCGUCGCGCCAAUCGCUGCUCAUCGUCGACGAACUGGGACGGGGCACGUCCACUUACGACGGAAACGCGAUCGCUACCGCUUACGUCCAGAAGCUCGCCGAGAUCGAAUGCCGUACGCUGUUCUCCACACACUACCAUAACCUCGUCGAGUACUUCGCCGAUAAGGAGGGUAUCAAGCUGAGUCACAUGGCCUGUAUGGUGGAGAACGACGAGGACGCUAGCAAAGAGUCCGUAACGCUGCUGUAUAAACUAGCAGGAGGGCGGUGCCCCAAGUCCUUCGGCUUUAACGCCGCGAAAUUGGGCGGCCUGCCCGAUCGCGUGGUGGCGCGGGCCCGAAUUUUGGCGACAGAAAUCGAACACGAGGACCGGAACAAGCAGGCGUUUAAAAAGAUUUUCGUCGACGGUGUCCCCAUUCGAGACGUUAGGAAUAUACUCAAGCAGCUCACGCUUUAAGUGUUUUUUUUUUUUAAUUUUGUAAAGACCAAUAUCUGUUUUUAUUAUUUUCUCAUUUACUUCUAAGCAUAAAACAAGUUACUUUUAAUUAGUUAUUAAAACCUUUCAACCCUUUAUUGGAUCUGAAUUUAUAAAUGUUGAGCGUA